AUGACCUUCACAAAUUCUAAAAUUCCAGAAGAGCUUUUAAUUUUGGUGCUGUCAGUCACUUUCGUUCUCUGCUUUGCAAGUGUCAGCGAAGGCAGAGGACCAAAAGCAUGUGCAGAUUUGAGUACAUUACCAGCUGGUUGUACUCAAAAAUCUAGCAAAGAUUAUUCAGGUACUCUAGCAACAUCAACAGGUCCUUUGAUGGGAAUGGCGGCUGACUUGUCUGCAAAUAUUUAUGUCAUCCAAAACGCUUUCAACUCCUUUAAGACAAACAACUUGGCAACUGCUACAUUGAACAAGGGUAUUAUUUCAAAGUACUCAGCUGAUAAGGGUGUUCUUGCUUGGGAAAAGUUGACAUGUGGUUCAGGAAAUACUUUCUUUAGCAAUAUUGUUGCUACUACUUCUCAAGUUAACAUUGGCGGUACUAUUGAAAAUGUAACCAAUCCAUCUGAUUUGUGUAUCUUUAACGCUGUAAGUGGAUCCAAUACGAGAGAAUUGGACGGAAGAAAUCUUUCGUUCUUUGUUUCGUUAGAUUCUUCCUCAGGUAUUGUUCGUUUUGUCAAAUCACUCGAUGUUUACAAUGGCUCCACCAUUCUUUCAAUGACUUCUGAUGCUAGCGACAAUGUUAUCAUUGCACAAAAAGUUAAGAAAUAUGGUAGUGGUGUUAUUUCUAUGGAUGGUAUCACAGUUACUCUUCCAAACAAUGAUGUUAGCAAUGUGGUAAUUUCUGAAUUCUCCAACGUUGAUGGUAAUUUAAGAUGGUCAUCCGUUUUGUGUGAAGAUCCAUCAAGUGAAGAGGCAUGUCAAGUUAUUUCCAUUCAUUCCUCUUAUGGAGUUGAUGAUAAUGUUCUGAUUGUUUUAUCUGUGAAGGGAAGUGUAGUUUUGAAAAAUUUUGGUAAAAUAUCAUCCCAAGUUAAUAUGGCUAAUAUCUUCCUUGUUGGUUUGUCAAAGAAUGGGCAAAAGGUCAGAUUUGCAAAGACGUUGAGUUAUAGUUUAACUAUUGAUAUUACAAAUGUCAAAGCAACUAUUAAUCAAGCUGGAGAAAUGGUUUUAGCACUAGCUUGUUCUGAUAAUUGUAUUAUCAAUCAAGAAAUGGUAAAUCCUGGUAUCUACCUCAUUCAAUUUAACAUGUUUAAACUCUCAAUUGACUAUGUUAAAUUAUUUGUACCAAUAUCUAACCUUGAUACUGUUCAAGUUGCAUCAAUUGCAAUCGAUGCCGCUGGUAAUCCAUAUACCAUUAUCAAAUCUUUGUCCACUCCCCAAAUUACCAUCUAUGACAGUGAUUCUAGAAAGUCAACCUUUGUUUCUCCAAAUGUUCUUCUAGUGAAACAUACAGCAAGUUCUGGAUCAGUUUACUGGGCACAACCUAUUGUCACUUUCUCUACUGUUAGCAAGCUGUUCAUUCCAAAUAUGUUCAGAAGUGAUUCUUAUGUUUAUACUUUCCCAACUAUUCCAGUUGUUUAUCAAGAUAACAAUCAAGUCAACUUGAACACAUUCCAACCAUGUUUGGGCACGGUUUCAAAGCUAUCAACAUCAUAUUUCGUUGGUGGUUCUGGAGGUGAUCAUUCAUUUUCAACAGAUCAGAAAGUCAAAUCUAUUGCUUGUUAUGGUGAAGGAACAGUGAAAGGAAUUGUUUUUAAUUAUUUUGUUGGUGAAGGUUUUAAAGCAGGAACAACAGAGGGAACCACAAAAACCAUUAUCUUUGAUCCAGAUGAGUACAUUACAGAACUAGAGAUGAGUGUUGAUAGAGGAACAUUUAUAACCAACGUUGGUUAUAUCAGAAUCAAGACAGACAGACAACAAUUUACAUUUGGACAAAAGAGGUCGUCAAGUAACUACAAUUACAUUCUGGAUAAUGAUAAGACUGUUAUUGCGUGGUCUAUCAAGUCAGGAACUCAUGUUGAUUCAAUUACAGCAUUUUUAGGAGAUAGAGCCAACGGUUAUCCACUUUAUUGUGAUUGUAAGUCAGGUUUUGAAGGUUCUACGUGUGAAAGAACUCAAUGCUAUGGUCAAGAUGCCACUGCCACAGGAGUUGUUUGUUCAGGAAAGGGCUCAUGUUCAGGUCCAAACAGUUGUGCCUGUAAUCUUGGAUACAGCGGUCAUGCCUGUAUUGAUGUUAAUUAUUGUAACAAUAAUAGCUCAUUGGCAGAUCCAUUGUUGUGUGGCACUGGUACUUGUAAGAGUGAUUUGUGUGACUGUAAACCUGGGUUUUAUGGCGAAAGAUGUCAAUAUUGGGAUUGUUAUGGAAUUCAACAAACAAACACUUCAUAUGCUUGUAGUGCUAAUGGACAAUGCCAAUCUCCAAACAAUUGUCAAUGCUAUGAUUAUACCAAAUAUGGAGGUUUACAAUGCCAACUCCCUAUUUGUAAUUUCUUACUUUCAAAUCAUUCAGAUGUAUGUACUGGACAUGGCAUUUGUACAGCUCCGGAAAAAUGUGCAUGUGAACCAAAUUAUUUGGGUCAAUAUUGUGAAGAAUUCUCUUGUUUUGGAAUUGAAAGAAAUUCCUCAAAUGUCUGUAAUACUCGUGGUAAAUGUAUUGGUAUUAAUCAAUGUAAAUGCACUCUACCAUACUAUGGAAAUGAAUGUCAACUCUAUGAUUGCCAUGGAGUAGUAUAUAAUGAUAAUAAUGUCUGUUCUUCACAUGGUCAAUGUGGUUCACCAAAUAAUUGUACAUGUCAGGCAGGUUAUUUUUCAAAUGAUUGCAGUUUAUAUCAAUGUAGUGGUAAAUUAAUGAACGAUUCGAGUGUCUGUUCUGGAAGAGGUACUUGUCAAUCACCUAAUAAUUGCUCCUGUGUUGAAGGACAUUCUGGUCAAGUGUGUGAAAAUUACUAUUGUUUCAAUGUUUUUAAAGGAAAUUCUUCAGUUUGCUCAGGUAAUGGUAAUUGUAUUUCAUCCAAUAAUUGCCAAUGCAAAUAUAAUUUCAAUGGAACAAAUUGUGAAACAUGUGCCAAUAACUAUUUUGGCAAACGCUGUACUAAUAGCAUCCCCAAUAGAAGAGCACUCAUGACAUCCACCACUUCAGUAGAAAUCGAAAUUGGACUUUGUAGACCAAAAUUACUUUCCACUUUUGCAGAUUCUAAUGGAAACUAUCAAUAUAGAUUCACUAUAAUUUAUAGCAGUAAUCCAACAUUCAUUCCAGGAGAUGUAUUUGAAUUCAAUGUUUUCUGUUUGGAAAGUGAGACACCUGUGUUUGUUCCAAUGGUUUAUGAUGAUUCCCAAUUGGUUUAUACUGAUCCAGUCGUUGAACUUGCAAUCGAUACUGGUGGUAGUGGACAAGAUGAAGCUGCAGUUCACAAAUGCUUCUCGACUACUUUCAAAAUUACAAAAUGGUCUCAAUAUGAGAAGAGAGAAACUUAUAGAUCUAUUAAUUGGACAAUUGUUGGUUCAGAUUCAUACGGUGUGGAAACUACAAGUGCUAAGAAUCAACUGUACCUUACCAUUCCAGCAAUCUUUUCAUCAGAAUUUUCUUCCUUGACUCUUGAAGUUAUGUUCGAAACUUAUUUCGGAAAAAAGAAACUUUUCUCUUUUAAUUUCCCUAUCAGUUCUAAAUCAAUGUUGCCACAUGGAUCAGCAUAUUCAACAAGACUACGAAUCAAGAAUAAUGUGCUCAACUAUGUGAAACCAUCCUCAUUCAUUUCAAAUCCAUGUGCCAGUCAACUUGCAUCGCCUUAUAUUUUGGUUAUGAUUCCAUCUAGUGAUGCCCUUCAAGUUUCUUAUCAAGAUCAACAAUUUGCUCUUAAAAAUUCUCUGUUUAGUGCACCUAGAACAACUUCAGUAAGAUUCUAUCAAACCUCCACUAAUUAUUUCCAAAUUGAUUUCACAUUUACUUAUGAAAUCGCAGCUUUCACUAUGAAUCCUACAGUUUUUAUUGACUCUAGAUCAACCAGUACUGUGUUAUCAUGUACUGAUGCUUCUGAAUACGGAAGUGGAACACACAGAUACGAGCUUCAAUGUUAUAAUUGUCAACCGCCUCAAAACAGAAGCAAGGAAGUGUCAUUCUCUACAGCAUCUUCAUCAAGUACAACCUACGAUUUAUCUAUUUUUGGAUUGGGAAGUAAAACUCUAGAUAUUGGAGUGAGAUGUUUCAGAACUAAUGAAAUAUUGUCAAGUGAUGUAUCAUUCACUAAUUACAAAGUUUCUUUGAUUAAUUCAAAUUCUUUCAAUGAUGAAUGCAAGAUUUUAUCUUUCCGAAUUAAGAAUUUGGUAGGCGUCAAUUUACCAUUCACUAGUUCACAAACUGAAUAUCAAAUUGAAGUAAUUAUGAGCUCAUCUAAUUGUCCUGUCAAAUUGACUGUCUCAAACCAAUCAGAUACAAAAUAUACAAUUUAUGAAGGAACACUAAUCAAUCGUUUGAACACUAUUCCGUUCGUCUAUGUAUCUGGGGCGAUUGAGAAAUCUGGUGGUAGGGUAUUUUCUUUCUCCAGUGUUGGUAACACAUUGAGAUUGGACAGCUCAGUUGAUUCUUCCACUUUACUUAUUAAUUCAGAUCCAGCACCUGCCUAUCCAAGUGGUUGCUCAACCAUUAGAUCAGUUUAUAACCUUCUAGAAACUGUCUCCAUUUCAUGUUCCACUGGUACUGGUGUUUCAUAUUAUGCAAUUUAUCUUGAUGAUUUCUUUUUGACACGCUCAACAAGUUUCCCGCUCACAUUCACUGUACCAAUGGAAGGAACUCUGUAUUUGGCAUCUGUCUCUUCUUCAGGUGGUAUUGACAAGAGAAAGAUAGCUACUGCCGAAUACUCAGCAUCAAUCUUUACUCAAACCAGUAAUAUUAAUACUUUUGUAAAUGGGGUUGGAAUAAUUUCAUCAGUUAUGCCAUUACAAUAUUCUGCUUUCUUUUAUUACUAUCCUCUAAAGAAACCACAAAUGGAUGAAAAACAAAUGGUUUCAUUAUACGAAACUGCAUUGAAUAAGGCUACCUCUUAUGGAAAUAGUUAUGGAUUUGCCAAUGCUGAUUCUCUUAAUUUAUUAUUACAUAGUGUUGCCUGUUUGAGCAACCCAUACCUUAUGAAAUUGAGUACUUUUAGUUCAACUGUCAAAUUCUUAUAUUCCUUCAUGGACAACGCUGUGUCCAAUGUUAAAAAGAAUCCAUCUCUAUGGACAAAGCGUUCCACCAAAUCCCUGGGUAUCAUUCUUACAAAUUUGAAUAUAUUUACCGUACAAGUUGCUGAUAUACCAUUCUCCUCUUACUCUGCUCCAUCGAGUUACAUUCUCUACACAACUGCUCAAAUUACUGGUGAAAUCACUCAGAAAGAAUUAUUCGGUAGCUCCACUCAAAGUUUAUCACCAAUUGUUUAUGCCAAAUCAAUUAGACAAGAAUCCAUUUCUUAUCUUUCAAUUACUGAUUCGAAUAGUAAUAGAUGGAUUACACUUAAUUCUCAAAAUGUUUAUCCAACAUUAUCUCCAAUGUCUAGCAUUCAAGAAGUUAUUGUAAACCAUGCCAUUAUUAAGAAACCAGUUCCGUCUACUUUACAAUCAACUGGGGAUGUAACAAGUGAUUAUCUUUCCCAAUUUUCAAUGACUGGUGCCGAAACUCUUCCAGAUAAGAAUAGAGUUUUUAUUUCAGUUCCACUCUCUUCUAAACCUUCCAAUAGUUUUGGUGGAAAGAGUUUCGAAUGUGUUAUGGUUUAUGAUACAGAUACAUGGACAAGGGAUUAUUCUUGUUCUCUUGUCGACACUUUUGAAGCAUUAGUUCCUGAAAUUAGUUCUGAAAAAAUUUUAAUGGCAAACUGUUCAUGCUUACUGACAUCUGUCAUGAAAUUGAAAACCACCUCCAGAAAUGUUCAACAAACAUCCUCAACAACUUCCAACAAUGCUAUUGGAGUUUACAUUUAUGAUAACGGUGUUGGUGUUGGGUUGGGCAUUUUCUUUGGCUUAAUUGUUCCAUUAUUUUAUAUCACGGCAUUGGUUGUCUGUGUUGUUGGUGCUUUCUUAUUUUGGAAAUUCAAGAUUAAGCCAAAUAGUGGAAAGGCAAACAAUCCAGCAGUUUCUAAGGAAAAUCCUAAUGUCGUUGUUUAA